AACGGCCUUUCGGCCUUCUCCUCACAGCGCAACGCAUCAUUGUGCUGUCGACGUUCGUUCUAGAAAGAAACGUUCCCUUCUUAAUAAUGCAAAAGGCCGUACACGCUGCUUACUGGUUGCUGCUCGUACUACUGCUGCUGCUGCUGAUAAACCACACCGUUCAGGCGUCUCACUGCAUCGAAGCCACCAGCGGGGCGGGCAGUAACGCGACGGCACCCACGGCGGUGCAUCAUAACCGCGAUCGGCGGUACGUGCUCAGCUUCCCCAUUAACGGUGGGGUGGCGAAAGUGAUUUUCGGUUUUGUGGCCCCGGUACGCUUUCACCAUAUGCUGAAGCGCAGCCUCAACCUGGGCAUUAACGUGCAGGCCAACUAUCGCAUCCUGCCGAACGUUAUCUUCCCCCAUCCGGAGUCGGUGUGGAAGAACCGGUACGACGGUGGUGCCGGGUACGUCGAUAGUGGGCGCCGCCAGCUAUACGCACUGUUGGAGAAGUUUCUCGGCCGGACGGAGGAGAAGGAGGAGGAGGAGAAGGAGGAGGAGGAGGAGGAGGAGGAGGAGGAGGAGGAGGAGCGAGAUGGGACCAAGGCGCCCAGUGCACGUGCUUGUUUGCUGCGUACGAUCUGCGAGAUAGCGGACAGGCCGCUGACCCACAAUGGCAUGGUCGGUGAGAUACUGGACGUGGUAUUUAGUCCGGGCGAUAGCGAUGACCUGCCGGAGCAGUAUAAGAUGGCACGCAGGUACGGCGCGAACGGGGUCGACUGUGCCCGACUGUACGCCGAGUGUCCUUUCGGGCAUGGCCUACUGGACACGGUAACGGCGAUGCAUUGGUGAAGGGAAGAGGAUUUAGCAAUUAAAGAGCAAUAAAUACAUAAA